AUGGCUAACGCAGAAUAUCAAGAUUUUUCAGAUGGCUCACGUCGUAAAGUAGCUUUGGUUAUCGGAAAUAGCAAUUAUGCUUUAGAAAGAUCGUUACCGAAUACAAUCAAUGAUGCUAAACAAAUGACAAUUGCAUUAAGGCGUCUUGGAUUCCAUAUUCACGAUGACGAGCCGAAAUUAGACUUGACGUAUAGGGAAUUUUCUAUGACCUUGAUGAGUUUUGUUUGUUCAAUUGACCAAAAUGAUUUGGUUUUAUUUUAUUUUUCCGGUCACGGAACUCAACAGGAGAAUGAAAACUAUUUAAUUCCAGUGGACGAUUUCAAGGAAGAAAACAAAGAAAGAGUCAAGCUAGAUGGAACUGAUCUAAAAAGAUAUGCAAUUAAUGCACAACAGUUUCUAAAUAAUAUUGAUGAUCGCAAUCCAUUUGCGAUCUUAUUUUUCUUAGAUUGCUGUCGAACUUAUCAUUUAAAACAAGAAAGAUCACCAAAGAGCCUGAAAAGUUGUUCACCGGAUCAACUACACGGAUUAAAAUCGAUGUCGCCGAAAAUCGGUUCAUUGAUCGCCUUUGCUUGUGCGCCUGGAACAACAGCUGAUGACGGAAAUAAUCGAGAAAAGAAUGGUUUAUUUACAAAACACCUUCUCAAACACCUCUCCACAACCAAAGAAGAUGUUAUUGGAAUACUAAUGAACGUAACAGAUGGUGUUAUUCAAGAGUCGAAUAGCCAGCAAAUUCCACAUGUUACUUUUGUGUUAACAAAAAAGAUCUUCUUGUGCAAUGAAAAUCAAAGAAUCAGAUUCAACAGAUGGACACAAGAUGGUGUCACCAUAGCUGGCGGGAAUGGAAGAGGAGAGGCUCUAAACCAAUUGAAUAGGCCUCACGGAAUCUGUAUCGAUAAAAACAACAAUACUCUCGUUGCCGAUUGGGGAAACGACCGGAUUAUGAAAUGGAAACCGAAUGGCAAACAGGGUGAAAUUUGUAUAGAUAGGAUCGGGAAUCUAGCUGACCAACUGACCUGGCCAAGAGAUGUAAUUGUUGAUGAACAAAACUGUUCAUUAAUCAUUGGCGAUUGGGGAAACAGACGGGUGAUUCAAUGGUGGAAUCAUGAUCUAUACGAAGUUCUUGUUGAUGACAUUUCAUGUUCUCGUUUGACAAUGGAUAAAUAUGGAUUUCUUUAUAUUUCUGAUUGGGAGAAGCAUGAAGUGAGAAGAUGGAAAAUUGGUGAAAGGCAAGGGAACCUAGUAGCUGGGGGCCAUGGACAAGGAAACCGACUCAAUCAAUUGGAUUGUCCAACGUUUAUCUUCGUUGAUGACGAGCAAUCUGUCUAUGUUUCGGAUAGAGACAAUCAUCGUGUGAUGAAAUGGAGAAAAGGUGCGAGAGAAGGAACUGUUAUCGCUGGUGGAAAAAGCGGAGGAAGCCAUCUGAGUCAAUUGAGUUCUCCUCAAGGAAUAUUCGUGGAUAAAUUCGGUCAAACUUACGUAGCAGACACUGGAAAUCAUCGAAUAAUGCGUUGGCGUGAAGGAACGCAGCAAGGUGAAAUAAUUGUUGGUGGGAAAGGAAUAGGAAAUCGAUCGAAUCAACUGAAUUCUCCAAUUGAUCUAUCGUUUGACGAUGGCGGAAAUCUUUAUGUUGCUGAUUUGGGAAAUGAUCGAGUCCAAAAAUUCAGUCUGAUUUACAAUUAG